AUGACAACGUGUACUGACAGCAACACUAUACCAGAACUUCCAAAAAUAAAAACAGAAGCAGAUAAAUUGGACUGCGCUGUUUGUGGGGACAAGUCGACCGGGAAACAUUAUGGAGUCAGCACAUGCGAAGGUUGUAAAAGUUUUUUCAAGCGCACUGUCCGAAACAGUACAUCAUACACUUGCCGUGGAAAUAAUAACUGCACAGUGGAUAGAGACAAUCGAAGCCGCUGUCCAUCUUGCCGAUUUCAAAAGUGCCUCAGCACCGGAAUGAAGAAAGAAGCUGUACAAACAACUAAGCUACCCGCUUUUCCUGGCUUCUCCUUCCCGUAUUUUGGAGAUCCCAGUGGGCUUUACGCACCGGGGCUUUUACCAUUUACAUUCCUUCAACCUGCGCUGUCCAACCCAGGGAAUAUUCACAUGGGAAUUUUCCCACAACCCCAGGGAACUUCUGAGGUCGUUUACGAGUUGGCCGCCCAUGUGCUUUUCUCAGUGGUGGACUGGGCUCGAAAGCUGCCAACAUUUAACAACCUGGUAGAGAGCGAUCAAAUCACGCUACUUAAAAUGGCGUGGAGCGACCUGUACGUACUAGAGAGUGCCCGCAGUCCAAUUCACCUUUAUAUGCAGCAGUUGUACGCCACUGCGAACAUGCAGGCCAGGCAAGUGUCCAUGGAGAAUAUCCUUAAGCGAAUGGAACAUGCGCGGUUGUUUCAGGACCAGAUGGAGAAAGUACGCUCACUUGGAAUGGAUCUGACGGAACAUUUUCACAUCAAGUGCAUCGUGUUGUUUCGAACGGACGGUUCACCAAUUACACAGCCGCAGCAGAUUGAAAUCCUCCAAGAUACCUCACAGGGUUCUUUGGAGCAAUACAUCAGAACCCAGUACUCCAGCCAACCCACACGCUUUGGCAAGCUAUUGCUCAUGUUGUCAUCUCUGAGGAAAAUUGAGCCCACGGUGAUUGAACAGCUGUUUUUCGCCGAUGUUUUGCGCGGAGCAUCGAUGGGAGAUGUGCUCAAGAAGAUGCUUACCAGCAACUCGUCAGCGCCGAUUGUUCAUGGUUCCUUGAUGGCAUGAGUGGCAUCCUAUAACCAGCCAAUGGACCUAUUUAAAGAGAGAGUUGAAUAUUGAGCUAACAAAAUAACGAGUCGCCAUUAGAUCAGCCUACUUCCAGUUUGAUCGCUAGGCUUUUUGCGAUUCUAGGAAACGAACUCUGGAGACAGGCCGAGAUUGCUAUCAAAGUGGGGGCGAGAAGUCAAAAAUAGUAGUUUGAAGUUAACUCUCACCAAGUACUGAAUCGAUUUGAUUGGUCGAACAAGAUGAUGCAAGAGGAAAAAUGACUUUCGUGGUCUAAAGAUGUCCAAGAGUCGCACAACAUCAUCAUAACUUACUAUGCUCCUUACAUAUCAUCUGCACUGAGGCCUUUAUAAGAAGUUUUUUUUUUAUUUAAAACAAUUAUGCGUUUUUUUAGAUAAAAGAUUUCAUUCCCUUGAAUAAAUGAAAGAAUUACCAUGACACAUGGCAGAAUAAUACCAAAAAAAAAGUGAUGAAUACGAAGUAAACAAGAAAAAUGUGAAUAUUCAGGUGACAAUGACAGAUACAAUGACGACAAUGAUAACGAUGAUGAUAGUCACUCUGGUGACAUGCCGAAUACAUGUAUGCUCGGAUAUUUUACUACAGUGUGU